GGAUUAAAAAAAAGAAUUUCAUUGAAUUAUUGUAAUCAUCUUUAUAUAGUUUAGAAAAUCCCAUUUUAUGUGUCGUCACCACUGAACCAAAUGACAACUGCUUUUCCAUUAUUGAAUUCCCUCUAAAUUUCCCUUAGCUCAUAUAAUACGCCAUCUCCCAUCAUUAGUGUGCAAAUUUGAUUCCACAACACAGAGAAAAAAUCCAAGAGAGAGAAGAGGGUAUUUACGCCUACAUCUCUAGCUAUAGGCUAUAUAGGUGAAAUUUGUGAGGAUUUUGGGGAGCUUUUAACAUGGCGGAUGGCCAACUACCACCAUAUCUUAUGAGUCAAAGAUGGAGAUAGGUGGUGGGGGUCAAAGUGGAGUUGCUGCAAAUUCAGGGGUUUGUUGUGGUGGGAAGAGAAAGAACGAAAAGCCCUAUAAAGGGAUUCGUAUGAGGAAGUGGGGAAAAUGGGUUGCAGAAAUUAGAGAACCCAACAAGCGUUCGAGGAUUUGGUUGGGUUCGUAUUCAACGCCGGUGGCUGCGGCUCGGGCUUAUGAUACGGCGGUCUAUUAUCUAAGAGGCCCUUCGGCCCGAUUGAAUUUUCCCGAGUUGUUAGUUGGUGAUGGUGGGCUUAAUGAUUUGUCUGCUGCUUCGAUUCGUAAAAAAGCCAUAGAAGUUGGUGCUCAAGUAGAUGCUGUACAGAACUCGCUUGCAACCCAUCAUAACCAUACAGAGGAAAAGGUGCACUCUGAGACGGCAAGCCCCUCAGAAUUGAAGCCUUGUUGGUUUCAAGAGAAGCCCGAUUUAAACUUGAAGCCCGAGCCCGAAGAUCCAGAAGUGGAUUACUGGUAAUAUUUAGUUAAUAUCGAUAUUACCAAUAACAGUAUCUCUACUAGUGUAAUUUUUAAUUAUUUUUUUGGCUUUUUGUUGGUUGGGGGAAGAGGAAGUGCUUUGGUAAGAAUACAAGCGCCGCUCCAGGUUGUGUAGCUUGGUAGCCUAGGAUUGUUAUAUUCUUAAAAAGAAAAAACUAUCACCUCUUUCUUUAAUUUUACUUUAUUUUUAAGAACAAAUUAUCAGCUGAACAGUUUUGGUGUUGUAAGAUGUAAAGGGGAUUUGUGUUAUCAUUUUGUCUAAUCGCAAUUCUGUUUGUA